AAGUAGGGAUCAUAUGCAACAAACGCGAAAACAACGAUCUCAUUGGCUGUUACUAUCUCUGUUUAGACCAUUACUCCUGAGGACGUGGCUGGGGCGAUGGAGAUAGGCGGCGGGGGGAGUGAAUCUAGGAGCGCAAGGUAUACAGAGAUCGAUAGAAGCGCGUCGGUAUAGCGGGGUGCGAGCGUGGCCAGCCCCCGCUACGAGCUCUCCUUCAGUCAGCUGUGCGCCGCCCUCAAGCCGUCACAACCAGAACCAGUCCUUCCACCAGUGCUACAACCAGCAACCACUCGGCCGCUUGAGCCAUGUGCUUCCCCGGGCUCUGUGAGAGGUGAUGGCGGGGUGGCAGUGGUGGCGGUGGUGGUUGUGGUGGAGUGUGUGGACCCUGUCAGCGGCGGUAGUGCCUGAGGGCGAAAAUGUUCUCAGGCCGGCUCUACACGACGCGGGGUGGGCGCCAAGCGACCCGCACUGCCCUGAGAGCUGCUGGUGCCUUCUCCCGGGUGAACUAGAAUGCCUGGCAACCGGGGAGAAGUACCCGCCUCGUCCGCCCAGUGACAUAACAAAGCUCGUCCUCCACGGCUACGAGUUUGUCCCGGCACACUUCCUCGCAGACCUCAAACGCCUGCGCCACCUCACCGUCAGCGGCAGCCAAGUGACCAGCCUAGCAUUUUUGCCGCUUCUGCCGGAGCUGGAAGUGCUUGAAGUCCGCUACAACCGUCUUCAAUCCCUCGGCGGGGGCUACCUCAAAGCGAGCACGCCAGCCCUCACCCACCUAGACGCAUCCCACAAUGAAAUCACGUUGCUCAAUGCCACCGACCUGGAGGGGCUCAAAAAACUGCAGAAUUUGAGUCUCCACCAUAACCCCAUCUCAGAAGCAAGUGCUGAUGCCCUAAAAGACCUCACCUCUCUGACCCACCUAGACAUAUCCAAAUCAAAAAUAUCAAAACUUCACUCCAAUUGGCUGGCAGAUGCUAAAAACCUUCAGUAUCUCAAUGUGAGUAAUGCAAAAGUACGUGAGGUUCCACGGAUCCAUGGAGAAAACAUACGUGUGCUAGAUGCAUCACACAACUUCCUCGCCAAUCUCCCAGAUGGAUUGAUUAUGGCAACAUGCCUGCAAUCCCUCUUCCUCCAUCAUAAUCCCUUUGAAGCUGUCAAUGAACAAACCUUGAUGAAUAGUAAAUGCCUCCAAGAACUGCACCUCAGUCACACUCAUAUUGUUAACAUUGAUGAAUUUGUCUUUGCUGAUAUGCCACUGUUACAAAAGUUGCACCUUGAACAAAAUGAAAGGUUAAUCAGGGUUGAGCACGGGGCUUUUACUGGCCUCCACAAUUUGCAGUACUUGAACCUUGCUGAGACACCAAAUUUGAAGGAAAUUGAGGAAGUAGCCUUUGCAGGUUUGCCUAACCUGAUCUCCCUUGAUCUGCGGAAGUCUGGUCUUAUGGUGCUACCACUCUCCCUAACUAAAUUAGUUAAGCAUAAUACAUCAGUCUUUCUUGCAGGAACACAAUUACAUUGUGACUGCUAUAACUCAUGGCUUCCUGAUUUGCUCACUUCUACUGACAUAUCAUCCUGGAAUGGUGUGGAGCCUCUUGCCUGCAGCGAUGGUCAUUUCAGGAGUGCUGCUCAGCUUGCUGCGCAUAUUAACUCCUUAGGUUGUGAAAAACCACAAGCUGUCACUCAUUCAGGAGACACAGUAAUGGCCAAAAGCAGGCAGAGUGCCUUACUGGAAUGCAACAUGACAGCCAAUCCUUCACAUUCCAUUUUGUGGCUCUCUAAGGAGCACAGAGUCUUCCGGUACAAUGAUACCAGCGGCGACCACGACGACGAAUGGAUUAGCUACCACAUAGAGCAGGUGGCAGCAUCUGCUUCCAUUGAUCCACGCUUUGAGGUGCUUGCAUCAGGUCACCUCCUCAUCAGAGAAGUUGAUCACUCUGACAUUGGCUGGUACAAGUGUUUCGCCUACAACAGUGUGGGCAAUACCUCAAUCCUAGUAUUCAUGAGCAUGAGUGAUGCUCCUCUACGUAACCUCUACAAUGAGAGUCUUCUCUUCGGCUUCGCCUGUGCUGCCCUCUUCCUCUUCAUCACACUUCUCAUCCAACUUAUAAACUACCUCAUGGACAGACUAGGAUGGGAGUGCUGCUGCUGCAGAUACAGAGUAUCGCCAAAAGCUCGGCAGAUUAAAAAGCUGCUGGAGAGUGUGGAGUCCUACAAGUCCCAACAACUGGACAGGUUACGAGAGAAUUAUAACUACCAGGUGGUGAGCAUCAAGGACAGCUGCUACCAGCAGAUGGAGCGCAUCAGAGAGAGCUACGGCACCCAGGGGAGAAACCUUCGGGAGCUGCGAGACUACAGUACGCAGGGCCUGACCUCCAUGAGAGACCAGUAUCUUGACCAGGUGAACAAGGUGCGUGACUACUCGGUCUCCCAGAUGAACAGGGUGCGGGAAAACUACGUGUUCCAGCGCCACCGCAUUAGGAAGUUUAGUGCCCAUCAGCUGUUGCGCCUCAGAGAAACCUACAAGUACCAACAGAAAACUCUUAAUAAGAUCCUUGAAAACUUGCCUGACCUCUACCUACAAAACUGUAGAACAGGAGCGUGUCAGCGCACAGAUUCCAUCAUAUUUGACGACGCUUUACACGGGAUAGACGCUUAUUACAGAGUGGAUUUCCUUGACACCCAGAGCCAUUGUUCAGAUUAUUACACGCCAGCCAGCACGCUUACCCACUCAUUUAGAUCAAACAAAGGGCAGGACCCCGUAAAACAGCAUUCUCGAACAUCUUCAAAUACGUCAAGUGAUUUUGUUGAAGCUCAGGCCUGGUUAAGAAGAGACUCAAGCGCCCUGAGUGGAAACAGUCCGUCUCGCACCUUACCGAGUUAUUCCAAAAUCCACGGUCGCAGCUUAAGUGUUGCUGGGCCUAGUUUCAUGGUAUCAGACCCCGUCAAAGUACACAAGCGAAGCCUGAGUGCAAGCCACCCGUCUCACAGAAUUGCUCCGGCACCCGAGACGAGAGGCAUCCCGGCACGCAUCACUUUGUGUGAAGAGACAAGUGACUACAACAACCAAACUUGCCCAAACUCGCCCAUUUCAGUCCCAAAUACUCCCGUUCAUAAGAAAAAGGAGUCAAGUUCACCUGCCCCUUCUCUGCAGGCACUGAAAGUGCAAAGUGUUGACAAUCUUGAGCCAAUUCACCAGAAAACAGAGGUACCUAGUACAAUUACUGAGGUCCCUUCCGUUAGCAGCGGUGAAAAUAAUGCUUCUAAUACUACUUCAGAUGAGACCAACUCUGUUGCAAGUGAUGUUUCUGUGCAGCCCGAUGUGGUAGAUAGAGUAGCAUUUGAGACCUCUCUCUAAGCUUCAAAUUAUUUUCCCAAAUGUAAUGAACACCAGGGGACAAUAGUAUAUGCCUUUAUUUUCUGCAAAAAGACAUAAUGGUGAUCACCAGUAAAUUUUGCCAGUUUUAAAGUGCUGUUGCCCACUUAAGUGAGUAGUGGAUGCCAAAUUACUACAAUUGUAACGAAGAAACCGAAAGCUAUUUUAAUCAUAUUCAUCUGGGAGGACAGUGUGUGAAGCCACUUGUGCCAACGUUUGUUUGUAAUUAGACCCCUGUAUAGGAGGUGGUGUUUACUGUUCCAUGUGGAUAGGCAUUACAUUUUCCUCAGCUGUGCAGCCAUUGAUAUCCCAUGCAGCUGUCUAAUUGCUAUUCCAACGUGUUGUAGACUCAUACCAAAUAUCAUUCAUAUAUUUUCAGGUUAGUGCCAUAAGCAAGAACCAUUUUCCAUCACAUGUUAUUUUUAGGGUUGUUAUUUCAAUAGUUAAAAGAAUCUAGGUUGAUUUAAA